AUGAAGUUAGUCAUCUUCUUGUGCUUGCUAUCAGCAAGUACCAUCCUGGGCAAACCCUUGGACAACGAAGACGAUGUGGUUGCUGUCGAUCAACCGAAAGAGAUCGCUGCAGUCGCAGAUGAGCAACAACAACCAGACGUAAACGAGCAGGAACAACAGGAAGAAGACCCAGAAGAACCCAACAAUGAAGCUGAAGAAGGCGAACAGCAACCAGAACAAGAAGAGGAUCAUCCAGAUGAGGCAGAGGGCCCGGAUGCACAGCAGCCAGACGUAGACGAGCCUGAACAUCCGAAAGAAGAGCCCGAAAACCCCGACCAUGAGGCAGAAGAAGGCGAUCAUCAGCCAGAACAAGAAGAAGAUCACCCACAUGAAGAAGAAGAUCCAGACCAUCCUCAAGAAAACGAACCAGAUCACGAGAGUCAACCAGACCAUGGCAAUGAUGAGCAGAAACCUCCUCAGCCCGACGAAGAUCAUGAGGAUCAACCAAAUCACGGAAACGAUCAUGAACAACCCGAGGAGUCCCAUGACCAUCAAUCUUCGCAGGAAGACCCGGAAGAACACGGCAAAGGAACGCAACCACCACCAGAGGGUGGCCAAGAAGGACAACAACCCCCUCACGGAGAUGACCAGAAGCCACCGCAGGGUGGUCAAGGGCAGCAGGAUCAAUCCCAGGAUCAGCCAGCCCGUGAUGGUCCGCACAUUGCAAAUGUGAACAUGGUCAUAAUCGUUUGA